AUAGUUUUCAUAAACUAUAACAAGUGUUUUUACUCUAUGGUUCUGAAAACCCUACAAAACCCUCCUGCUUCAGACGGAAUUUGGAACAACCAUGAACGGGAUCAUUCAAACGUCCAAAAGAUCGCUUCUAUCCCUCUCUAGAACCCUAAUUCCUAAUAUCCACGAACGAUUUCCUCUUCAAAUCAACAAACUCGUAUCCAGAUUUCCCCCAAUCUAUGCCACGACUGUAUCGUUCACUUCAACUCUGCAAGACAAGUCACCAUUUGAAUCAAAUCUUCUUCGCAUGCUUACAAACGAGAUCGAGUUCGAGUCGGAAUAUGCCCCUCAUCCGCUUGACAAAAAAUUCAAUGCAUUUAUGGUGGAAGAUAGACCUGGCGAGCAGUUUCUUACCUUGAGGGGCAGGUCUACAAUUGAUGAAAACAUUAAAAUUGAAGCUACAAUGUUUGAUGGUUAUGGUACUAUAUCUCCUGUCUUGAGGGAUGAAGAUACCGAGCUCAAUCCCCAACUUCACAUCAGCUUGCUAGUAGAUAUAUCAAAGGGUGAAGGAGGUGACAUGCUGGAGUUUGUAUGCUCGGCAUGGCCGGAACGUUUGGAGAUUGAGAAAUUUUACAUACUUGCAUUCGAUGGAAAAUUAUCUCAGCCCUACAUUGGGCCUGAUUUCAGGGUUUUGGAUAAAAAGCUUCAAUGGUCUGCCUACGAAUUCUUGAAUGCGAGGGGAGUAAACAACGACCUUUCGGUUUUUUUACAUCAUUAUGUGUGGAACAAGGAUAAACUCGAACAUAUUCAACGAUUGAAGCUUCUCAAAUCUUACCUCGAGAGAUAGGUAUAGUUUUUUCUAUUGUUUAAGAUCGUCAAUCGGUAUUAAUUAGACUUUCCAUAUUUGGAAACAAUGUGUUGUCAUCCUGCCCUUACUGUACAAGACACCCCGAAAUAUGUUGUAGUGAAAAUGCAUAUUUUGGUCUGAAAUUCUUGAUCCAUUGGUACAAGUGGAAUAGUUGGCCAUUUUUUAUUGGCUUUAACCAAUGAAUAGUAAACCAUGAAGAUGAAAA